AGUGUUAGAUGGCGGGCGGUGAGUGGGCAGGUCUGACAGGAGCCCUGGCCACCAUAAGCAACAGUACUUCUUCUCCGGGAAAGCAUGGAUGGAUUUGGAGACAGUUUUGUACCUCCAACUGAAGGGUCUGCACCAGUCCCAGAGGUGGAUCCUGCAGCAGAGUUCCUAGCUCGUGAACAGGACCAACUUGCUGGGUUAGAUGAUGACAUCAUUCCACCAGCUAGCCUAGUACUGGAGCAGCCCCCACUCGCAGCAGUGCAUGGUGGUGUCUCAUCUCCAGGCCUUGAUGGAGAAGCUGACUUGUUUGGGGGUGCACCCGUGAAUGGUGGCCCAGACCUGGAGAGUUUUGAGAUGCUGGGUGGAGAUGAGGUUGCCCCAGACAAAGCUGCUCCUCCUCCUUCAGUCUUUGGUUCUGUGGACUUUCUACCUCAGCCCUCGGGAGAAGAUCCCUGGGCUUCUGCACAAGCCCCUUGUCCAACUGAUGAGUCUGUUGCUCAACCUGUUGAGGAUGCUGUAGGCUUUAAUGAGCCCCUUUCCUCCCAGCCUUUUACUGUUGGUGAAGGAGAGGGGUUCUUAUCCACUUCUGACCUAGCAGGAGCAGCAGCAGAAGCACCAGAAGCUGAUGCAGAAACAGCUGAAGCAGAAACAGCUGAAGCCACACCAGCUGAAGCAGCAACAGCACCCGAACGGGAUUAUUCAGGCUUUGGGGAGGACUUUGGGGGAGCAUCUGUGCCUGCUGGUGAUACCGGUACCUCCUCUGGGGCUUUCUCUUUUGUGGGUGAAUCUGCACCACCAGUGACCACAUCUGAACCAGAGUUGGCUCGCUCACCUGUUCCUCCUGUGGUGAGGGAGGAGCCAGAGAAGAUUAAGAUCUGGCGAGAGCAACAACGGAUCCGCCUGGAGGAGAAGGAUGCUGCUGAGGAGGUGAGCAAAAUUGAAUUAAAUGGGAAGGCGAAGAAAGAGUUAGAAGACUGGUAUAAGCAACACGAAGAACAGGUUGCCAAGACACGCCAGGCCAAUAGGGAGGCAUCCAAGUCUGCCGAGAAGGAACUGGUAGCUGAUACCGGGAAGAUUGAGCCGGGUACCGAGUGGGAGCGCAUCACCAAGCUCUGUAAUUUCAACCCAAAGACUUCAAAAUCUUCCAGAGAUAUUUCUCGCAUGCGAUCCAUCAUCCUGCAGGUCAAACAAAAUCCACCUGUCAAGGCUUAGGAAGAAUUGUGAUGGUUGAAUCUCUUGUUGUUGAUAGGGUUUGCUAGAUUCUGUAUGAUAGUAAAGUCCACCAUAAGAGCCCACUACCCAGUAUGAUGCAUUGUCUCUGCCUUACCAUGAAGUAAGAAGUUUAGAAACUGUAAUAAACUAUAUUUCUGAAGCCAUGAUGUCAACAGACUUCCUUUUUCCUGUUUUUAUGCCUGGGUUAAAAAAAGAUCUUGGAAUAUUUGCUGUUGUGUAUGUGUACUUCUUUGCGUGGUUUGACUACAGUACAUAUGUUGUAAUACAAAAUACAGUAACUAAAUAUUAGCCAGCUUGAGAAUAUGUAUGGCAUAUAUAAGGUACAGUACUGUACUAAUUGUAAUUUGUUGAACUCCAGCCAUAAUUCUAUGGAAAUAAAAAAAUGGUUGUGUUCCAUUAGACAGCUACAAAUUCUUUCUGGUAGUUACUGUACUGUACAGUAUGUUAGAGGAAACCAACUACUGUACAGUACAAUAUGUAUUCUGUUUAAAAGGUCAGGAGAAAGUUUUUUCAUCUUGGGGUCAGGAUUUUUAGCAUAACUGCUGCUAGAUAUAUAAGUAUUAAAGUUCACCAGGGGGGAUGAGCAAGAUUUUCUCUAAUUGAAUAAAUGUGUUCAAGAUUUAAGCAAUUAUAAGUACUGUACCAGUUCUGUUGUGGACUAGGAGUUGCAGAGUUAUAUAAACUACAUAUUACUCUCAUGUGCAUAUGACUUACUGAAUCUAUAUAAUAUAUCUAUAUAUAUAUAUAUAUAUAUAUAUAUAUAUAUAUAUAUAUAUAUAUAUAUAUAUAUAUAUAUAUAUAUAUAUAUAUAUAUAUAUAUAUAUAUAUAUAUAUAUAUAUAUAUAUACACACAUAUAUAUACAUAUAUAUAUACACUACACACACGAGUAUAUGGCAGCAAAUUUGAAAUUUUCAUUACAUUAAGUUAUUAUCUAAAUUCUUGUAAAUGGUAUGCAGUAGCUACAUAAGUAAUCAGUUCACAGGAGUUUCAUUGAUUACCUGUGUUUGAUAUUUGACAGAUUUAUAUAAAUAUUUUGCAGUAUAUAUUGUUUAUGUAAUAUAUAAUCAACUAGUGUGUUCAGACAUUCCUGAUGUACUGUAUUUAAAUUGUGUGAAUAUAAAAUUAAGUUAAGUUUA